CUCGGGGACCCCGAGAGAGGGUCACUAAGUAUGUUAGGCCUUCAGUCUCGGGCUCUUUUUCAAAGUCAAAAAAUAUGCCUCUAGUUUUUCUGGUUUUGGUUACAAACAUUUGUUUCCAAAAACCAAGCAUUUGUAAGGCCUGUCUUUUCUAUAAAAGAAAAAUAGUCUUCACUUUCUAAACCACCUGGCUAUAAAUGGAGCAAUUUAGAAAAGAGAUUGAAGUAGGGUCUCAAUUUUAUCAACAAAACACAGCUUGGAAAAUUCGGGAUUUAGAAACAGCUACGCAGACUACAUUGUUUCAACAAAAAAGAGCUUCAGUUGCAUUUUCUGAGUUUGAGAUUCAACUUUCGUCUGUUCCGCAAGAAAUUUAAACAUUCUAAGAAACCCAAGCACAAAGUAGGUAUCUCUGAAUUUACUGUAACAAAAUCCCUCAACCUCGUGCAAAGAAAAGCUUUUUUAUUGGAAAUAUUUUACAGGUGCACCUAUCAUCAAAGGUCAAUUGUCGUGUUUUCGUAAUCAUGGAUAUUGUUCAGAAAUAGAAGAAACUCGAACGUUAUUCGCACUUCAAAUCUUAAUUACAAUUCCUUGAUAAAUUUUCUUUUAUUUCCCGCUUGAACUGUCGGCUUAAAACUUUCUGUUACUUGUUACAGCUAUACGAAACUUUGACGGUGUCGGAACUUUUCCAUUGCUUUCGGGCAUUUUUCCUCUAACCAUAAUUGUUACACGUAGUAGAUCAAUUAUUUGCUAUAAAUACAGAAUUGUGUAGUGAAAAUUGUUUUUCCUACGGUUCAUUAAGAUGGAUCGCAUGGUGAACUCGUUAGGAUCGCGGGAGAACCCUUACAUUGCUUGUUUACUCCAUAACUUGGCUACAGAUACAUGUUUAGGUAAAUUUAGUUAUAAGCGUUCAGCGUGUUAUAGGCAUGCAGCGUUAUUUCUACAUAAAAAUUGCUGUUAAUUAGCUUUAGAUGACGUAAAACUGCACAUGUUAUUCUUGCUUCUUAUUGGUAGUUAAAUUUGGAGAAUUUUUGUAGCGUUACUCAGAACCAGGGACUGUAGAUUUAAAAGAGAGCGUGUUAAUUGUGAAUUCAGAUGCAUCGUACGAUGUAAACACGAUGGUUGAUACCAAUGAAGAAGAAAGCAGAGCAGAAUUGUCUUGUUUUUCUUCAGCGUUCAUCUUUAGAUACUUCAACAAAUCUUUAGAAUUAGCAACUGGGGAGUUUAUAGUCCCAAAGACUGGUCCACCGAGCGAAAAUUGGAAGUAAACACAUGCGAUGGUUGAACUGCCGAAGUUGAAGAGAAUCCGAGGAGGCCACAGAAGUUUUUCGUCUAGGCUGAUAGCAAGAGUUGAAGACAGCAAAGACGAUGCGAAGAGCUUGAGGCAACUGGAAAUUCAACUGAAAGAACAGCUAGAGACCCUGAAACCACUCGAUGAGAAAAUCCUCAAUUUGAUGGUCAGCGAGGCUAGAGAUGAUGACGAAGCCAAUGACGAGCUAACUAGAGAAAUAGAGGAAUGCGGUAGCUUCAGAGUAAAGGUAAAUUUGGCAAUUAUUACCAUCAAGGACUAUUUAAAACACUUUUAUGAAGAGUCAACUCUAAAUUUAAGACGAAGCGAUUCUCAAAUUUCCACAGACAGUUUAAAUUCAAGUAGCUCUUCGUCAUUCCGUAAAGUAAGAGCCAAACUGCCAAAACUAGAGCUGAAAAAGUUUUCGGGAAGGCACAAGACUGGCAGGAAUUUUGGGAAGGGUUUGUCAGUGCAGUACAUGGAAAUGAAGAACUUUCCGUAGUCGAUAAAUUUGCCUAUUUAUGGUAUUAUUUUGAAGAUUCAGCUAGAAAGUCAUUUCAGGAUUCGAGCUAACAGAAAAACAUUAUCAAGCUGCAUUAGAUUUAUUAAAGCAACGAUUCGCAAAACCUUCGUUAAUUAAAAAGGCGCAUAUCAAGGAUCUUAUUUAUGCUCCAGUAGUAUUUAACGAAAGGAAUGUUCCUAGGAUGCGUGAAUUAUACGAUACAAUUGAAACGCACUUCAGAGGGUUAGAAGCGCCCGGUGUAGAUCAAGAUAGUUUUGCGACGAUAAUUCUACCUACACUAAUGGAAAAAAUACCCGAGCCCGUUAGAUUAAACAUGAUAAGAGGGGGAAAAAAUUUUGAAGAAUGGGACAUUGAAACAAUGCUCGUAUCUUUUCCCCACGAGUUGAAUGUUAGGGAACAAAACUUCUCCAUGCUCUCAGAAAAGCCGGUAACGAAACGAGACGAUGGAUUCAAACCGAGGCAACCGACCAAAACAUCAGCAAGUGCACUCUUGUCGGGUAACGAAGGCGAUAAAAAUUGGAAGAUAGCUUGCGCAUACUGCUUCGAAGACCACGAAGAAUUGGAUUGCAGCAAGGUGCAAGACAUCGAAGAACGUAAAAAAAUUAUUUUGCGUAGCGGUAGAUGUUUUUGUUGUUUAAAAAAAGGUCAUCGUCGAUUUUGAUACAUGGCUCGAUAGCUUGCCCAAAGUUCUUUCCAUGUGUCCAUCAGCCUAAAAUUGUUUAAUUCUCAUUGCUGUUCUAUAAAAUAUUGCGGUUGACCAUUCAUUGUUAUUUAGCCAUAUUAACUUGGAUAUUUUAUAUUUAGUAUAAUUAUGUUGACCGGUAUAUUGUAAUUAAUCAAUUUUAUGUUGAAAAAAUAUUUUGAGCUUGAGUUGAGUUUGAGUUCAUCGUGCUUCUAAAUGCAAGAGUUAAGGUUGUUUGCAAAUUUGGUAAGUUUAAACAUCACUCAUCUAUUUGCACUCGUAAUACCACGCUGUGUUGGACAAGACUUCUCCUAAGCCCAGCGCGCCACCCAAUUUAAUAAGCACCACAUCCUGUGUAGAGAAGGUUGACAGCGGGGGGCGAGCGGCAUUGCAGACAGCCCAGGCUAUUGUUGUAGGUAAACCACAAGUGGGGGCAAGAGUUUUUUUUGAUACAGGUUCUCACAAGACUUUUGUUACUCGGGGGUUAGUAGAUCAUUUAGCUCUAAAGCCCAUUAAAAGGGAAAUCAUUGGGAUUAAGACCUUUGGUUCCAACAAUGUGGAUGAAGGCAUGAGAGAGAUUGUGGAGAUAAAGUUGCUGCCAGUGAGAGGAGAGGGAUCUGCAGUUAAAUUAAAUGCCUUUGUUGUUGAUCAUAUCUCUGAAAUCUCAAAUGUUCACCCUGAAAUUGUUAAACAUGAAUACGCUCAUCUUGCAAAUGUUUGGUUUUCAGAUGUAGCUUGUUUUCAGGAUUCAUUAGAAGUAGACAUUUUGAUUGGAAUAGAUUUUUUUACGAAUUUCAAGAGGACAAGGUAAUUCGAGGGGAGCCAGGACAACCAGUGGCAGUAAAAACAAAACUUGGUUGGGUUCUUUCUGGACCAUUAGAUGGUACGAACUUUCUUUAUACUGAAAAUGUGAACACAAACUUGAUUGUUGAUUCCUCAUGUUACCUAGCAAGUCAGACAAAUGUACAAAUGGAUCAUGAAAUUCAAAAAUUAUGGGACUUGGAGACUUUAGGCAUAAAGAAUACUGAUGAAGUUUAUGCUAACCUUCUUGACAACGUUGCAUUCACAGGUGAAAGGUAUUCAGUAAAGCUGCCUUGGGAGAUGGGGCACAAACCUCUUCCAUCUAAUUUUGCACCUAGCCUUUCCAGGUUGAAAGGGCAAUUAAAGAAGUUAAGGAAAGAGCCAAAAGUCCUUGAAUCUUAUGACCAAAUUAUCAAGGAGCAGUUGGACCAGCACAUAAUUGACAAGGUGACAGAGCUGGAAGUGCCUGAGAAACAACAUAUCUUACCUCAUCAUGCAGUGAUUUGAAGUGAAGCCGAAACCACAAAGGUAGAAGUCAAGGAACGUUUUUGCUGGUAAGAAGCAAAACAGCACUGUUUUGGAUCAAUAAUGCUGGUCAUUGGAAACAGUUUGUCCAGCACCCUGUCGAAGAGAUCCUCAAACUUUCAAGCAAGGAAAACUGGGGCCAUUGUGUAGGAAUCUGCAACCCAGCAGACAUUGGCUCAAGGGGAGCGCUACCAAGUACACUCAAGGAUAAUAGACUUUGGUGGCAUGGACCUCAUUGGCUUUUGCUUGACAGAAAAUACUGGCCCUCAGAAACCUUGUUAGAAAACAGUGAAGAAGUUCCAGCAGAGAGAAAAAAUUCAGCAGCAGUUACAACAAUGGUACAAGAAACUCCACAUGGUAUGUCUCAACUUAUCAAGAUUAACAAAUUCAGUUAAUUAGAUCAUUUGUUGAGAGUUACAUCGUGGGCCUUACGGUUUAUCUCAAAUCUGAAGGCAAAAAGGGCAAGGAGACCAAUUAACACUAAUGAACUAGAUGCUUCAGAAAUUUUAUCUGCAGAAGCCUAUUGGAUUGUUGAUGCUCAAGAAAUGUUGCAAAGGGAUUCAAAGUAUAAACAACUUGCUAUAAAUUUAUUUAGGCAUCUUUAAGGAAGGUAAAUUGUUAAGAUGCAAGGGAAGGUUAGGAAACUCUGACAUAGAUUUUGAAGGUAAAUUCCCCAUAAUUUUGCCAAGCCAUCAUAGAUUGACAGAGUUGAUUGUUCAUGCUUGUCACAAAAAAGUCCAUCAUGAUGGUUUGAAAUCUACUCUUGCUGAACUUAGGGCAUGAUUUUUGGUGCCAAGGGGUAGGCAAUAUGUAAAGACAUUGAUUAACAGUUGUGUUAAAUGUAAGCAGGUCCAAGGAAAAGCUUAUUCGUCUGCACAAGCUGGAGAUUUGCCCCUUUUUAGGGUACAAGAGACCAAACCUUUUUCUAAUGUGGGUAUUGACUUUGCAGGUCCGUUGUAUUAUAAGUCGAAAUCAAAUGAAAUGCAGGAACGUUAUAUUGUGCUUUACGUUUGCUGUACUACCAGAGCUUUACAUCUAGAUCUUGUAACUGAUCUUGCUGGUUCUGCCUUUAUUCUUAGUUUAAGAAGAUUUGCAGCGCUGAGGGGCACUCCAGAUAUAAUAAAUACGGACAAUGCGCAAACGUUCAAAUUUACUCAUAAGUUUUUUGAUAAACCUACACGUGACCACUCAGUGUUACCAAAUUUUCAAGCAAAAAGGAUUGUAUGGAAGUUCAAUUUGGAAAGCUCACCCUGGUGGGGGGGGGGGCAUUUUGAAAGAAUGGUAGGUAUGGUAAAACGGUGUUUGAAAAAGGUGUUAGGAAAUGCUAGAAUGACAUUUGAUGAACUUCUUACUGUGCUUGUUGAGAUACAAUCUACUUUAAACAACAGGCCAAUGACAUAUUUAUAUGAUGAACUUGGUUAUCAACUUUUGACACCAUCUCAUUUAAUUUAUGGUAGGAGACUUCCUCAGAAAUCUGAGACCCCGUUUGCACUGUCCCGUGCAAGUUUGGAACCGUGACAAAACUGUCGCGGUUCGCCCUUCCGUUUACACUAGCACUGUGGAACCGUGACGAUUUUGCUCUGCUAUCCGGAACAGUUUGGACCCUGCUUUGAAAGCGAACGAAUUUUGUACCGUCACGGUUCCGUUUUUGAACGGGACAGUGUAAACACCUAUCCGAGACGAUUUUGUCACGGAUUCACAAAGAGGUCUUUUGUAUGGCUGUUUGAGGUAAUCGAGGCUUUGAUUGUGGCGUAACUACGUUGUCAAUUUCUGAAGAAAAGGAAAUUCUGAAGAAAAGACGACCACAGAAAAGGCUUGUAUUGUUUCCCAGUCCAAGCCUUGAUUGGACUUUGCAGUUUUGUAGUCUAAAAUAACACUGAAAAUUAAAGCCACCUUGUCGUUCGUCCAAGUAAAGUUUUUAUCGGCCUUCCACUCCAUUUUAACUCUCAAUAAAAAUUCUAUUGUUGACUUCGGCGGCAAAAUAAAAGCCUUGGUUGACUAAAUACAGCGUCUACUAAACAAUGUUCUGCCAUUAAAUUAAGGUUGUACCGGUACAGUGUAAAUGGAACGGCUAAACGAAACAAUUUGGAACCGCGACAGUGUAAACACUUGCGAACCGUAACGGUACAAAAUUGUCCCGGGACAGUGUAAACGGGGUCUGAAUGAAUCGCUUGUAACUCUAAUAAUUUUGAUGAAGAUACCACAUCUCAUACCAAACGACUCUUGUAUUUGCUUAAGAAACUAAACCACUUUUGGUCUCGAUGGAAAACCGAGAAUCUUGUAGAUUUGCGAGAAGUGCAUAAGAAGAAUGGAUUCAAGGAAUCAAAUGCUGCAGUCGGAGACAUGGUACUAGUGAAGGAAGAUGACGUGAAAAGAGGCCAAUGGAAGAUGGGCGUGAUCUUUCAGUUAAUCAAGGGAAAAGAUGGAAUAGUAAGAGGCGCAAAGGUCCGUGUAAACGGAAGAGGUAAGCCAGAAUUUUUAAAUAGACCUCUACAGAAAUUAUUUCCAUUUGAAGUACAAAGCGGAUUGGCGAGGAGAAACAUUGUGGACGUGGAAAGUGGUAAUGGGAAGGAUCAUGAGAAUAAAGCGGAGGAUCCGACCCCAGUAUUCCCUGCUACUAGACCCAAGCGCGCCGCAGCUAAGGACUCGCAAUGGAAAACUCGUCUUAUUCUUGACUCAAUAUGAGUCAACAAGGGGAGUGUGUCGGAACUUUUCCAUUGCUUUCGGGCAUUUUUCCUCUAACCGUAAUUGCUACACGAAGUUGGUAAAUUAUUUGCUAUAAAUACAGAAUUGUGUAGUGAUUAGUUGUUUUUCCUACGGUUCAUUCAGAUGGAUCGCAUGGUGAACUCGUUAGGAUCGCGAGAGAACCCUUACAUUGCUUGUUUACUCUAUAACUUGGCUACAGAUACAUGUUUAGGUAAAUUUAGUUAUAAGCGUUCAGCGUGCUAUAGGCAUGCAGCGUUAUUUCUACAUAAAAAUUGCUGUUAAUUAGCUUUAGAUGACGUAAAACUGCACAUGUUAUUCUUGCUUCUUAUUGGUAGUUAAAUUUGGAGAAUUUUUGUAGCGUUGCUCAGAACCAGGGACUGUAGAUUUAAACGACGUUGCUAAAACGAGGAACAAGCGGAACAACCUAGUAACAAGCGGAACAACCCAGUGACAACCCAGGAACAAGCGGAACAACCCAGUAACAACCCAGUAACAAGCGGAAAUGUGAAGUUAUUGUUUUGUAAAUAACACAUGGGGGCGUUGAUAAGCCAACUCUCUAAAGUUCGCGUUCGUGGACCCAUAAUUCCGCAAAAAUGAUGCAAACUAUGCCCAUAAUUCCGCAAGGCAAUUUCAUUUUGAAAGCACAACAAAAUCAUCAAACAAAUUUUGCAUGUCCUUCGCUAAAAAUCUCAAAAUUGCACAUAUUUCUUACUCUCAUUUCUAACUGGACAUUCAUUUUGUUAAUGCUCAAUCUCCCUCCUAACAAUUUUGCAGUAUUUUUCGAAAAUGGUACCCAUAGUUCUGCACAUAUUUCAAAAACUGACAUCGAUAAUUCCGCACUUUUCAGAAAAAGGUACCCCUAAAAAAUGGCACGUCCCCCUACCUUCAAACUUGUUAAGGUACCCCCUCCCCCCCCUUCUUGUAGUAGGACGCUCCCCAGAUCACAUGACCUUUUAUAAUCACGUGACAAGUACUAUUUAAUCCGAAGCUUUGUAAAGCGUAGUUCAGUAAUCUUCGUAUCCUCGUUCAGUUAAGUUAUAAAUCUUGAAUGAUAAUCAAGAUAUGAAAAUGUAAAGAGUGUGUUUCCUUGCUCUACCAUCUCAAUAAUAUAAAUAGAAGCACCUCUCACAUCUGGUGGAUGACCCGUUUUGUCACGAUCGCCGUCCCGUAUGUCGCAAGAAGAAACUCUCGGACUUAUCAAUGGUUUGGCCGCUGUUGCUAAAGAACAAAAUGCAUCCAAUAAGUCAAGAACCGAAGAAUUGAAAUCACUUGCCUCUGCCGUAAAAGAUUUAUCCGACCUUAUAAAUCUUCAGUCGCAAACUUCUCCUGGUCAUGCUGCUCUUCGCCUGCCGAACCUUACACUGCCUGAAUAUACAGGAAUUGAAGAUCUUGACCGUUUUCUGGACCAGUUCAACCAGGUUCUCCGAUCUUCUGGUGCAAAUCCGCAGUUUUAUCUAACGUACCUCAAGCAACAGUGCCGAAAGGAUAGCCGUGCCUUCGAUAUUCUUUGCAAUUAUGAGAGCACCCAUCUCGUCCGAUUGCCUGCAUCUCCGACCUCUGAUGACUAUUACCAGUUUUACAAUGCUGCACUAAUGGUUCUUCACUCCCAACGUGGAAUUCCAAAAGACCAGCAAAUUCGCAAUCUCUUGGCCACGUAUUAUACCAUGCGCCAACAACACCACGAAAGCGUCUCCAACUUCGCACACCGGUUUUGUGAGACCCAACAUUCCUUGGAGAAACUAAUUCCAGGUAUUCACAUGACAGCCGAUGGAAAUGAAAUCGAGUUGAUUCAUGCCUUUGCCCUCAAACUACGUGAGGAUAUUUCGCGGGUUCUUUUUGCUAGGGAUUUCAACUACCCGACUUUAAUGGCCCUGAUUGAAGCUGCCAAACGAUACGAGACCAAAACUACUUCAAUCGCAGUUGACGAGCCUAUUUCUACAGCCAAUGCUUUACCCGUUACGCCUGUUUCUGCCUACCCAAGAAAAGCACCUGCACACAGUCAAGAAGCAACACCAAAACCUUCAGGUGAACUUUGCUUUCAAUAUAAUAAAUAUCCCCGUGCCUUUUGUGAACUUUCUAAUGGUAGAUGUAAGAAAGGUUAUAUUCAUAAGUGCACCAAAUGUGGUCGCUUUAAUUGUAAAGCUGUUCGUCAUAAUAGGACCAAGGCUAUUUCGCAUUAUAAUUCUGUUGAACCUAACUCACUCCAUACGCAUAUUGCUAAGGUGGAACCGUCUGUCGAUUCUGAUACGACUUCUUUAUUGAAAUCUAUCCACUCAUUAUUGCUCACGAGUAAAGAACAUGUUGCACCGCCCAACGAUGAGGCCGUCCCUCCCAAAGGGGGUUCGCAAGACAAUGUUUAUAGCAUGCCUGCCAUAAGUUUAGCUCCAGAUAGUGUCACAAUUUCUAAUUUAGAUCUUGCGAACCGUAAUAUUUUAUGGUGUUCUGUUUCGUCAGCUGGGGUUUCUCUCCCUUUGCCUCUCGACACUUGCUGCUCAGUGUCUUUAGUUAGCAAAGCGCACGCUGAUAAAGUUCUUGAAACACGCCCUGACCUCAAGUUUUCGCGCUUAGAGCAGCCCGUUAAGGUCUCUGUUGCCAGUCCCUCGGCCUCUUUUAAAGCCGUAGGUAUAAUGCAAGUUCCCUUGCAAUUCGAAAAUGGGCGUUCUGCAACUUUUUCUAUGCUUGUCGUGCCAAAUUUAUCUUGGCCGGUACUUUUUGGCCAAAAUCAUUUACGCAAGACCGAUGCCCGUAUUAAUUAUCGUGCUCUAACUGUAUACUUUGCCGAUAAAGGGUUAGAAUUCGAAGUCAAGUGUCACGAUUCUAAUCCUAUUCAUGCAUUUCCACAUUUGCAUUUUCCUACAAGUAGUUUUACUUCUACUGCUAAUGUUACAUGUUUGUUGACUGCCCUACCAACACAGCCAGGUGAACCUGUUCGCCUCCACAGGGGCUUUAAUUUUGUUACUGUUUGCAUGUUGCUUGCAACAUCGCUGGUGGGCUCCUCCCUAUUUUCGGCUUCGGGUGACCUUUGGCUGGAAGGUAAUAAAAUAUUACCGGGGGUCACUACCCUUAGUGGUCCUAUUUCCCUUUCUGGGUUACCGAGCAUGACAAGUACUAUUUAAUCCGAAGCUUUGUAAAGCGUAGUUCAGUAAUCUUCGUAUCCUCGUUCAGUUAAGUUAUAAAUCUUGAAUGAUAAUCAAGAUAUGAAAAUGUAAAGAGUGUGUUUCCUUGCUCUACCAUCUCAAUAAUAUAAAUAGAAGCACCUCUCACAUUCUCACCCAGCUAAACCUAAACAACAGAAUGGGAAGUUUUAGACUGGCCUUUUAGAUUAACCGUUUUAUCGGUACCAAAGUAUUAUGUUAUAUAAUUUUUUGUUAUACUCGUAAUUCUAAUAGUAGUCAUUGGAAAUGUGCCCUUUUUGAGUAGCUGCCCCCGCUGCCUCAAAAUGCUUCCGGCGCCCCUGUCCAGACCCCUAACUCUUGAAAGUUAGGAGUCUGGAGCACAGGUUAGUUCAGAGAGGCUUUUUAGUUUGAAAAGGCUAAUUUUUUAUCACUAUAUAAAAUAAAUUUUCGAAAAGUUAUCAGUUACCUAAACCAUGCAAAAUAUCUGUCGAAAAACUUUCGUAUUUUGUAAAUAGAUAUAGCUUACUCUGAACUUUAACAAGGGGGACUGAGCCCCCAGAGCCCCUUCAAGACACCACUGAAAUCCUUUUUUUGGCAGUACACAAUUUGCUUUCAAAAUCUGCUGUGAGCAUUGAUUCCUGUGGCACUCCUUGUCCAAGUUCACCCCAGGAGCUGUAUUGACCUUUUGUAGUGAUUUUAAUAUUGUAAAUUAGGCCAUAUUCCUACAUCAUGCCAUCACUAUGACAUCCACCUAGGUCAUUCACAGCAUCACCUAGCACAGGACAUUCCCUUCACCAUUGAUCACACGUUCACACAUCUAUGUCAUGCUGAUUUCUUCCCAAGUUUAGAUCUUUCCUUCUCCAUUGCAUCAUCAUUACAUCAUCACAACACAUCAUUACUCAGCACAUUUAUUUUGUUUAUAAGUAUGUUAAUUUGUAUGUAAUUCAGUCAGUCAGUCAAGUUCAGUUCAGAUCAGAGUUAUACAGCAAUACACUAUCUCUCUCACUGGCUCCGUGUUCUCUGCACGUUAAAUAAGAUAUCGAAGCAAACAUCAACGAUGGAAAGUCAUAGGAUAUGAUAGGAACCAUUGCAAUUCUUGCUAAAUAAUAGCGUUCCUAUACUUUCACUUUGACUCUUUGCUUGCUAUUAGACGGGUAGUAUUGUAUAAGUAAAAGAGAACUUCUAUCUACACCAUAGGCAUGUAGUUUUGCUAAAAGUAGGAUUUUUUGGUAGACAGUCAAAGGCUUAUGACAAAUCCAUAAGGACAGCGCCAAUAUGUUUGUUCCUUUCCAGUUCUGUUUUCCAGUCUUCAAUAAGUCUAAAGAGUGUGCUGGAGAGAAAACGGUUUUCUAUAUGCGCAUAGGAAUUUCGAAAAUUUUUCUUCAAGAAAUGGAGACAGUUGUAGCUCUAUUGCUUUUUCAAAUACCUUUGAAAAUGUCGUUAGUAGACUUAUUGGUCGAUAAUUUUCCUUAUUGAAAGAAUCUUUUUUUUAUAGACAGGUGAGAAUAUAACCUUUGUUUGAAAAGUUUGAAAAUGUUUCUUGAAUAAUGAAUGCAUUUAUUUAUGAUGUUCAGGAGGGGUUGUAGGAUGAUAUCAACUGAGAUCUUUAGGAAUUUUGCAUUGAUCAUGUCGUUCCCGUGUGCCUUUUUGUGAUUCAGCUUCACAACUAUUUGUCUUAGGCUUCUUUGGUGAUCGCUUUAAAGCUUAAGGUUGAGUUACUCUAAGGUCCUUAAUAGAAGGGGGGUCUUGAUAGUUGGGGGGAGUCAGAAACUUUUCAAAAAAUAAAUAAGCGGGGGGUCCUAGUAAGUGGGGGGUCGGAAAUGUGAAAAAUCUGAAAAAUCACGUGAUGAUUCUUUUUAGAGGUUAAAGGAGAUUUUCUUCUGAAUACAGUCGAUAGCAAAAUGACAAUUAUCACCAUGUGAUAAUAUAUUGUUGUAUUACUAAAAUGAGCACGCUAAUUAUCAUUGUGUACAUCAGUCAGGCCUAUGUAAAUCUUUUUAGGAUGUCACUACUUUUCUAUGUUAAAACUUUUGUACAAUGGAACUUCUUCACUUAAGAGAAACUUUGCAGAAAUUUCACACUUGCAAGAUUAAAGGACAAAUGAAAUAAGGGAUAUGAAUGACUGCAUAUAAAAAUUAAUAAACGGGGGAUCCAAAAAAGCUCCGGGGGGUUCAGAAAAAAAUCAAAAAAUUAAUAAGCGUCCCCCCUUCUAUUAAGGACCUUAGAGUAUUUGUUAGGAAGUUGUUGAUUGCUUUUAUGCUUGAAUGCUCUUUAAAGUAUCUUAUUAUUUCAGUUAUUGUUGAAUUCUCAGUCAGAUCUUUAUGGAUUGAAUCAAAGAUCUUUGAUUGAAUUUGUAGUUUGACCACCCCCGUAUAUAUUUCUAUCAGCACGAUAUGGAAUUUUAUAUCCAGGAAUAAAAAAUUGUUCAGUUGAAAAAGAAUCAUCAAUUUUGGUUUCACUAACUUGUUUCCGAUACUGUUAAUGUUUAGAUGAGCAAGAAUAGGGUUUUUUGGGUAUUUAAGCCGAGCCUGUUUUAAUUCUUUGUAAUUUGAUGCCGAUUCAGUUAUAUUAUUUGAAGUGUAAGAAAGAAAGCAACUUAUUCUUAUUGAGUCAUGCAGAACGACAGGCCUUAAUGCAAUCCCUUAAGCGAGAACGAAAUUACAAGCGAGUUUUGCGCUACCUCAUUUGUUUAAGUGUAGACCACUGUUGCACUUGUCAUACACAGUUAUAUUACUGUUAUCAAUAGAAUGAAAGUUGUUUUUUUCACAAAUGUCAUACAAGAUAUUAUUCAGCUGUUGGACAUUGACAUCAGAAUUGCUAUACUUAGCUUGACGAAUGAUUCCCGAAAUGAAGAUACUGCAUGUUUGUUUACGUCUCCUGAUGCUCGUUGCCACUUCUUCAGGGCCUCCGACGAAGGGGGGCCGGGGGGGCCAUGGCCCCCUCACUUUUUUGCAAAACAAUAGAGCUUUUUUUAAAAACUUUUGUUAUGAUUUUAAUAUUUUCUCUUGGCCCCUCCACUUUCCAACCUGCGUCGGAGCCCAUGUUCUUUCAAUUCCUCGCCUAUUUGUCGCGGACUGCUGGAGGUGUUCAUGGCGUCAUUUAUGCCGCAAUGUAGAAUGAUAAAGUCUGGCUUUUUUGAGAUGAUAGGUUCGAUAUAGUGUUCCAGUUCCAUAGCCUUCAUACCACCGAUGCUGAUUUUGUUGACCCAUGCUUGCAUAUUUUUUGAAAGUUUGUGAGGGAGAAUAUUCUUGAUUAUAGAGUCGCCAAUGAUAGCAAUGUAAGGUUUCUUAUCUGAUGGAGGUUGGUAAUUAUGAGUAAGUGAAAAUUGUCGUUCUGAAAUGAUGAUCGUUGUGGUCUUCUGGACAUAGCUGAUUUAUCAGUAGGUUUCGCUUGAUGGAUAACUUUAUUUGGUUGGAUUAUGGUGCUACGUGGUUUAUGUGAUGGCAAAGUGGCGUUGUUUGGAACAUUUUGUACGGAGGGUAUAAAAGCAGGAAGAGAAUUAUAGGGCACAUCUUCAGAAAUGAUUUGUAAGGUAUCAGAUUUGUUUGGAUGUGUAAACGUGUGUGUUGCCUCCUGGUCUAUAGGACGGUUGGUGGGUGUUUUGAAAAAGCUGGUUUUGAGAUUGAUGACUGUAUUGGUUUGUCUUAUAGCUAACAGUUUGCCACGGAAUUUACGCAUUAUCAUGUUUGUAUUUCUUUUGGUCAACAAUUUCCUUUUUAGGGCUUCGAUUUCAGCUAAUAAGAUACUGUUUUCUUUCCGAAGUCUUAGAUUUUCUCUUUCGAUAUUUUGAAAACCAUCAAGGGUUGUUCCGUCCUUGGACAAUUUUAGUUGAUUUAUCUCAGCCUUCAUCAGCUCAAUACGACUCCAGACUGGCUGCAAUGCUUUGUUUGUCAAAUGCCGAUAUUUGAUUUGGACCGUAUUCCUGCCGGGGCUGAGCUUUAGAAGCCAUCAGAUUGUCAUCAGCUUGAUUAUUAUCGCCGUUUGCGUCAUCCUUCUGUUUCAGGUCAAAUUACUUUUAAAAAGUUUUCUCUAAACUCAUUUUA